AUGAAAGAAUAUAGCAUUUAUUGGAAUAAAGGAGAUGGAGAUCAACGAUGCUGUGAAAUGUUUACGCGACCUACUGGACAAAAGGGUUAUAGCGUUUCAAUUCGUAAUAGAAAGGAAUAUGAAUUCAUUAAAGUACAGUAUCGAACAGCUGAUUUCAAUUUAAUCUCUAUGCCGUUGUUGAUUGGAUUGAAAUAUCAAAACGACCGUUUCCAUUGGUUCGAUAAUUCGACAUUCAAUUAUACCGGAUUUUUUGAGCCUAAUUAUAAGUCGCGUUUUUAUCUAUUAAAAAAAGGUCAAUGCCGGCGAUUUUUUAUGUAUAGUCCACCAACAUAUACCAAGAGGAAAUAUUAUAUCUUUGAUAUCGAUUGCAAAGUGCGGUUCUACGAAUAUCGUCUUUUAUGUCGAUAUAAAGUUCCACGUUCAAACGUCCCCAUAGAUCAUAUCAAACCCGAUUAUUCUAUGGAAAAUCACACUACUCAAGAUCUGGAUUAUCAUGAUUACUGGGAUAAUGGUAAGGUUUUUUUCUACCAAAAUUGA